AUGGGUGAAGAAUCACCUUGUUCUUCGAUGCCAUGUUUUAAUGGAGGAAAAUGUAAAGAAGUUGGUGGAACAUAUGUUUGUGAUUGCAGUUGUGGAUACAAAGGAAAACAAUUACGACCUUGUGCAUCUUCACCAUGUGUAAAUGGUGGUGAGUGUAUGAAUCUUAAGAAUGCAUAUAAAUGUAAAUGCAAGAAAGGUUUUAAAGGAAGGAGAUGCCAUGUUAAAGAGUCACCAUGUGCAUCAGGUCCGUGUAAAAAUGGUGGUCGUUGUCGUCAAAAAGCUGAUACUUUUGUGUGUCGUUGUCAUUCAAGAUUUACUGGGGAACUUUGCGAGAUUGAAGGUUCGCCUUGUGCUUCUAAACCAUGUUUAAACAAAGGAAAAUGUUCCAAGAAAGGAAAGACAUUUAAAUGUAAAUGUACCAAAGGUUACAAAGGAAAACGGUGUGAGAAAGGAGGUUCGCCUUGUGCUUCUAAACCAUGUUUAAACAAAGGAAAAUGUUCCAAGAAAGGCAAGACAUUUAAAUGUAAAUGUCCCAAAGGUUACAAAGGAAAACGGUGUGAGAAAGGAGGUUCGCCUUGUGCUUCUAAACCAUGUUUAAACAAAGGAAAAUGUUCCAAGAAAGGCAAGACAUUUAAAUGUAAAUGUCCCAAAGGUUACAAAGGAAAACGGUGUGAGAAAGGAGAUUCGCCUUGUGCUUCUAAACCAUGUUUAAACAAAGGAAAAUGUUCCAGAGAGGGAAAGACAUUUAAAUGUAAAUGUCCCAAAGGUUACAAAGGAAAACGGUGUGAGAAAGAAGGUUCGCCUUGUGCUUCUAAACCAUGUUUAAACAAAGGAAAAUGUUCCAAGAAAGGCAAGACAUUUAAAUGUAAAUGUCCCAAAGGUUACAAAGGAAAACGGUGUGAGAAAGGAGGUUCGCCUUGUGCUUCUAAACCAUGUUUAAACAAAGGAAAAUGUUCCAAGAAAGGCAAGACAUUUAAAUGUAAAUGUCCCAAAGGUUACAAAGGAAAACGGUGUGAGAAAGGAGGUUCGCCUUGUGCUUCUAAACCAUGUUUAAACAAAGGAAAAUGUUCCAAGAAAGGCAAGACAUUUAAAUGUAAAUGUCCCAAAGGUUACAAAGGAAAACGGUGUGAGAAAGGAGGAACAGGGUUAUGCACAGCGACAGGAGAUCCUCACUAUAGAACAUUUGAUGGAAAACGUUACAAUUUCAUGGGAAGGUGUGAUUAUGUAUUGGCUAAAGAUGUUGAUGAUAAAUUCCUUAUUAUUCAAGAUAAUAAACCAUGUGUGAGUAAACUUUAUUGGGGAAAAUUAUCGGGUCUUUGUGGAAACUUCAAUGGAAAACGAAAGGACGAUUUCAUUUCGCGAGAAAAGAAAGUGUUGAAGAAAGCGAUCGAUUUUGGUAAUUCGUGGAAGUUGACAGAAAGUUGCCCUAAUGAAACUGCGAUUGAAAAUAAUCCGUGUAAAAAUGCAAGUAAACGGGUCCAGAAUGCUAAAGAAGAAUGUUCUUCUUUAUUAAAGCGUCCGUUUUCUACCUGCAACAGGGAACUAGAUCCACAUAAAGAGGGUUAUAUAGAAAAUUGUAAAUAUGAUGUUUGCGCUUGUGAAGAUAAUUUUGAAGCAUGUCUUUGCUCGUCUUUUGCAACAUAUGAAGAAGAUUGUUCGCCUUGUGCUUCUAAACCAUGUUUAAACAAAGGAAAAUGCUCCAAGAAGGGAAAGACAUUUAAAUGUAAAUGUCCCAAAGGUUACAAAGGAAAACGGUGUGAGAAAGGAGGUUCGCCUUGUGCUUCUAAACCAUGUUUAAACAAAGGAAAAUGCUCCAAGAAGGGAAAGACAUUUAAAUGUAAAUGUCCCAAAGGUUACAAAGGAAAACGGUGUGAGAAAGGAGGUUCGCCUUGUGCUUCUAAACCAUGUUUAAACAAAGGAAAAUGCUCCAAGAAGGGAAAGACAUUUAAAUGUAAAUGUCCCAAAGGUUACAAAGGAAAACGGUGUGAGAAAGGAGGAACAGGUUUAUGCACAGCGACAGGAGAUCCUCACUAUAGAACAUUUGAUGGAAAACGUUACAAUUUCAUGGGAAGGUGUGAUUAUGUAUUGGCUAAAGAUGUUGAUGAUACAUUCCUUAUUAUUCAAGAUAAUAAACCAUGUGGUAAACGAAGGGCAACAUGUACAAAUGCAAUCACUGUUAAGUUGCAGAAUUUGACAAUAUAUUUAAGUCGAGGAGAAAGAGUCAUUAUUAAUGAUGAAAAUAUUACAUUGCCGUAUAAAAAAGAAGGUAAUAUUAAGAAUGGUAAAACUCAUAACACUUUACAGCUAACUGUUGCAAUAUCUCUUUUUAAUAUUUAA